ACGGUCACUACUGUAGAUGCAGUCUUUGCUGCCACAGCCGUCACUCGUCCGCCGCCCUCAUCUACGUCUUGACCCGCCAUCUACUCGAGCAAAACGCAUACCGAAUUUCUGACGCACCCGCCCGCAUGUCUACGUUCAGCCGAGACUGCUGCGUCCAGCGCUCACCCCGACGUUCCUUCCGGGAGGUUGGCACCGUAGGAGGACACGCGUGAUGGUACGACGCCGACCGACGCACGGUACGUCCGCAUACCCACUACUCGCCGUCAUGCCCACCGCUUGCAUGCUCAUCCGCCCUAGCACCAUAUAUACGGCGCUGCACAGGCUGAACACUUCCUCCGGGACACAGCCUGGGAACACAGCGUGAUGGCUCCCCAGCGUAUGCACCGUCCGAUACAAUCCCGCCGGCCGUCCUUAUCUGUCAAUCCUCACCAUGUCCGCCCCCCAGCCCCCGACGCCACCGACCGCGAAGGCGCCGCUCACCAUCCUCAUCGUCGGCUGCGGCCUCGGCGGGCUCUCGGCCGCGUGCGCGCUCACCGACGCCGGCCACAAAGUCACCAUGAUCGAGUCCGCCGCGGCCAUCGGCGAUGUCGGCGCAGGCAUCCAGGUCUCGCCGAACGUCACCCGCCUCCUCGUCCGCUGGGGCAUCGGCGACGCACUCGCCAAAAUCGCGGUCAAGCCCGCGCGGUUCGUCACCCGCCGCUACAGCAACGGCAAGAUCAUCGGCGUGACGCCACUCAACGGCGAGGGCGUCACGACCCCGGAGCUGCCGUACUACAACGUCCACCGCGCGGACCUCCACCGUCUGCUCUAUGAACGGGUCGCGCCGCACGUAACGCUGCGGCUUAACUCGAAGGUGGUCAGUGUGGAUCCGGAAGCGCCAAGCUUGACGCUGGAGUCCGGAGAGGUCCUGCGCGGCGACUUGGUCAUUGGUGCAGACGGUGUGCAUAGCACACUCCAGCAGGCGGUCGUCGGCAAGAAGAUCCCUGCCACUCCGACGGGGGAUGCCGCGUACAGAGCUUUGAUUCCCACCGAACUAUUGCUGAAGGACCCGGAUCUGAAGUCGUUUGUGGAGAACCCAGAAGUCACGUCGUGGAUGGGCCCGCGCAGGCACAUCGUUGCGUACAACGUGCGCUCGUGCGAACUGUACAACAUCGUCAUGGCCCACCCUGACAAAGGCUCAGUCGAGUCAUGGACGGCAGAAGGCAGCGCGGAGCUCAUGAGAGCAGGCUACACGGACUUCGAGCCGAGAGUGCAGAAGCUGCUCGGGCUCGUCGAGAGCACGCUUGAAUGGCGACUGCUCGACCGCCAGCCGCUCAAGACAUGGAUGCACCCUGCGGGCAAGCUCACGCUGCUCGGAGAUGCAUGCCAUCCCAUGCUUCCUUAUCGAGCGCAAGGCGCCGCGAUGGCGAUUGAGGACGCAGCCGUGCUCGGCACCCUCCUCUCACACAUAACCUCCGUCGCCCAGCUCCCCAAUAUCCUCAAAGCGUACGAGGGCCUCCGCCUCCCACGCGCGACCGCCAUGCAGAACGCCUCCCGGCUGAACCAGCACUACGUGCACAUGCCGGACGGGCCGGAGCAGGAGAAGCGCGACGCGGGCAUGUGGAACGUGUUCUCGGGGGAGAAGGAGGGGGACGCGGACGCGGACACUGAGCAGCCCCCCGCGCCGGAGAAGGCGGGCGAGGUCGUCGCGGGGAGCGCCGAGAUCAGCGCGACGGACGCGGCGGCGAAGAGCGCGGGCGAGGAGGGCGUCAGGGAGGAGAGGAAGCUCGACGAGAACGAGAAGCAGAAGGUCGCGACGCACUUUGGGUACGAUGCCGUCGGGGACGCGGAGCGGUGGUGGCGGGCGGUCGGCGUCAAGGAGAUUGGUGAGGUGCAGGGCGCCACCUGCGCGUUGUAGAGCAGUGACGUGGUGCGUGCCGGUGGACGCGGGUUGCGCCACGAGCAGAGCAGCGGUCAGCGGUCGUCGCCUGAUGGGAAGCAGCUAGGUAAAGUUGUAGCGCAUAUUUGUGUUUGUUUCACGUUUUGUACGAAUUAGGGGCUUUGCGGGUAUUGUAUCCCAUCUACCACUCGAAUGCCUGGCGGGUUGGCUUCAGGGAACGAGCCUUGAAUCUCUAUCAACGCCGCGAUGUACGCCCGCAUGAGUGGAGACG